AUGGGUCCCCAGGCGGUGUCUGCUUCGUCUACAGCUCCAGGUUUCCUGGACUGUCGCCGACUGCUAACUUCCUCGUUCGCGUUCGUGUCUCUGGCUUUCCUUGUGUGCCUCCUUGCAUCAAGACGGGGUCAGGACGCGGUCGCGUUCAUCCUGCCGCGCGCCGAGCCGAAGUCGAACGCUGUCGCAGCCUGGGAGGACUCUGCGAGCCGCGGCGGAGGCCUGAGUGCCUUGAAGCGGCUAAGGAGCGGCCACUCAAAUCGAGACGGGGACUUCUUUUCCGCGCUAGAGAUAUCGCCUCGUGGUGAGGCGGCUAGGGAAGAGGAGACACCCCUAGAAGAUGCGCCUUUCCUUUCAGGAGCCCCGCCAACCUUCGCCUCGCCGCCUGCAGGGUUAGCGAAAGUAGCGACCUCCGAGCCUAGCGAAACAGCAUCCGAUUCCUCCUCAUCAGAGUCCACCUCGACUUCAGCCCCCGCCCCCUCGGCCUCCACGCCAAUACCGGUGGCAGCAGCGCCUGCGCCUUCUGGCACAUCCUUUGCUUCUCCGCCGUGGCCUCUGGACUCAGUGGUGCAGCCUCUGCCUCUGUCUUUCGCUUCAGUCGUUGGGGAACAUCAGGCAAAAGAGCCUCCGCUUGCCUCUAAGCAGGAGCAUCCGUCAGUGGCGCACGGCUUCGUCAGCGGCGUCCAGGAGGGUCAGAAGGCCCUCGAGGAGUUGAUGCUCAGCGAAGUGUCCUGCCGCCAGCUGAAGCAGGCGCUGAUUGUCGUGGACGGCGGCAGCAGCAAGACGCUGCCGAGUCUCUUCACGGUCUCGACGGAGUCCUGUCCGCACGAGGGUCGGCGUGUCCUCGAGGGCACGCUCAAGUUCAUCGGCGAGGGGACGCGAGUCGCAGGCGUUCGCGACCUCCUCGAGGACUGGCUCACUGAGCACGCUGGGCAGGGCUGGGAGUCGCGCGAGCUCGACUCUGCGACGCUUAUGCGUUCCUUUCCCUCGAUGCAGCGGCAGACCAACGAGUUGGUCGCUAACCUAGUGCGCGACAUCGUCAAGCUGUUGAACAAGAGCCUGUCUGAGGAGGAGCAGGCCGAAGUGAAGGCGGUCGGUGUGCCCAUUUUCUUCCACACAACCGCAGGUGUCCGCGGCUUCCCGGACUGGUAUCGAGACGGCAUGUUUGUGGCGCUUCGCCGCGCCAUCAACGCCUCGCCGCCGAUCGAAGGAUACACGUUCUUUACGAACAGCGAGUGGACGAAACCGAUUUCGGGGGAAGUCGAGGGCAUCUACGCGUUCCUGACCGCGAAUCUGCUUUCGCGCAACUUCGAGAGACUCAUGGCGACGCCGCGAGGCGGCCACGAGGAAGCCCAGCUGCAUGCGCACCGGAAGCUCGCGGGCAUCGUGGAGGUCGGCGGCGCCUCCAUGCAGAUCGUCUUCCCGGUCCGACCGUUUGUGCCUCCGCCGCCCUUUGCCAAAGUGAGCAAUCUGCAACGAGAGGGCUACCUGCCCCACUCGUAUCCACCAGUCGACCUCGUCGCGGUCUCCUUCAUGCAGCUUGGGGCCUCGAGUGCAAGCGGGAUCUUUUUGAAAAUGCUGUGCGGGAAACCAGAGUACCUGAAGGACGGUAUCUGCCACAACCCGUGCCUCUUCAAGGGCUUCGAGCACUCCUGCUCGGCGGGCGAAGUCAGCAUCAGCGCCCAGGGCGAGGUCAGCGUGAGCAACGACGUCCGGAAGAAUCGGCUGAAGCCGGCAGCCACGUUCUGUGGGGCGGGGAACUCGGAGAUUAUGUAUAAGAUGUCCUCCCGCCUCGAGUGCAUGGCGGCGCACAUCGACCCGUUACUCUCUCUAGAGCAGCGCCUGGAGAUCCCCGGCUGCGACAAGAUCGUCGGCACGGGCGACUUUGCCACCUGCGCCAAGGAGGUGGACGAUAUCCUCAUCGACCCGAACUUGCCUCUGCCCGCCAACCAAGAGGCCGUUUCGCUCGGCUUCGAGACGCCGGCACAGAUCUUCAAAUUCAUGUCCUCCAGCGCACCACUCUUCGUCACAGGGGCGUCGCUGGUCAUGCCGGUCAAGCUGCUUCAGUCGAUUGGCCUGCUCCCCGAGGACUUUGAUGGAACGGCGCGAAACCAGCUCUUCGACGCGGCCGCAAGACUCUGCGCGACGCCGGUCGCGCGCGAGGCUGACGGCGCCCUCGUGCUCCACGUGCCGCAGCAGACGGCCGCGAAGCCGGUCAAACUCAACACCUUCACCUACGAGACUUGUCACCGCCUCGCGAUGGCGGUCUCCGUGCUGAAGCACAUCGACUCCGGCGCCCGGCGCCCUCACUCCGUCCGCUUCGAGAUGCAAGUCCGCGACGGCGUCGACGCUAAGGGCCGGGCGCUGGGGAACUUUGGCUGGCAGGUGGGGACGAUUCUGCACCACGUGACCAGCCACCGAGCCUGGAGCCGCGCGGCCUACGAGCUCGGAGUGGGACACACCUUCCACGACCGGCGCCUGGGCGCCACGCCGCACGAAGGCGAUGUGCGCCAGCAAGAAAGAAGCGAAGCGCACGGCCGUCAGCAGCAAGUCGAUCGCGGCUUCCCCGCGCCUGCGACCCCCGCCAAGACCGUCCCGCUAGAGCCCAAGGGGCACGCCGAGGCCGAGGAGGAGACGUAG